ACAUGUUCAUUUACACGAGUUGACGUGCUCGUACCUGACUCGCACCUGACGUGUGCUCACCAACGUCAAUUGUCUGAGUUUAAUUAACGUGGGAGUAUUUUCAACCUGUGAUUCACCUGAGAUUAAAUUACGCUGGAGUAUUUUCAAUUCGUACAUUAUUAUCUAUAUAAGGAUUAUUAUAAGUUUACCUUCUCGCCAUGUUACCUGGGCAAUAUACGGAAAGAAAUGGGUAUGAUAUGGAGAAAGGGAAAUUUCACAAUUUCUGUGAUGGCAAUGAGGUAGUAAUAGAAGAAGAACAAGAUCCAUGGAAGGUUUCCGCCGUCGUUGUUUCCCAAACACCCUUUGCAGAGCUGGAUUCAGUUGGCAAAGUACAGCGAGUUGUUGGAAUGACUGUUCGUGUUAUUCUGGUCAUAGCCUGUUUAUAUUUCUUUAUCUGUUCUCUGGAUUUCCUGAGUUCAGCUUUCAAACUACUUGGUGGUAAGAAAGCUGGCGAAGUUUUCCGGAACAAUGAUAUCUUAAAGAAUCCUGUGGCUGGUUUAAUGAUGGGUGUGCUGGUCACUGUUUUAGUACAGAGUUCCUCCACAUCAACAUCUAUUAUCAUCAGUAUGGUCGGUGCUCAGAUUUUACCAAUUAGAUCGUCUAUACCAAUUAUCAUGGGAGCCAAUAUCGGUACAUCAGUAACCAAUACUAUAGUAGCACUUGGUCAAAUCACCAACAAGAAUGAUUUCAGACGAGCUUUUGCCGGGGCCACCGUACAUGAUAUGUUUAAUUGGCUAGCUGUUAUUGUCUUAUUACCUCUAGAAAUAAUAACUGGCUACUUAUUCCAUUUAAGUGAAGUAAUAAUAAAGAGCUUGCCCUUGGAGACAAAUAAAGCUGCGAAAAAAGAUUUAUUGAAAGUUAUAACCAAACCCUUUACUGAGUUGAUCAUACAGGUGGAUAGUAAAGGUAUUACUAAAAUCGCUACGAACACACACGACGUCGGUGCAGUCAAGUUGAUGAAAUCGUGUUGUGAUAAGACAAAGCCGGAAGCCUGUUGUUUGGACGAUUUUAACUCCACUAUUUCUCAAUAUACGACAUCAAUGAGGACGCAGUUCUGUGAUACGAUGCAAGCGAACUGUUUCAAACCACCGAUGAACACUUCUACUGACAACUGCCUUAAAUCCUGGGUUGACUCAUCUAACGCCAAUGACACAUUUAAUUGUAAGGCGUUUACAACAAACUACACAACCACCUGUUACAAGCCAUGUGAAUACGCCUUUAAAGGGUUAGACGAACAUAUUGGCGAAGAGGGAGUGGGCGCCAUCUUGUUAGUGGUAGCCCUGGCCAUCCUUUGUAUUUGCCUGGUAGUUAUCGUAAAAAUGCUUCAUCAGUUACUGCGAGGACAACUAGCUGUGCUAAUUAAAAAGUUCAUCAACGCCGAGUUCCCGGGUAAAAUGGCCUAUUUUACGGGUUACAUCGCCAUUUUGUUGGGAGCUGGUUUAACCAUCCUGGUGCAGAGCAGCUCUAUCUUCACCUCCACGCUUACACCCUUGGUCGGCAUGGGAGUCAUCGAAAUUGAUCGAAUGUAUCCAUUGACGCUUGGUGCUAACAUUGGAACCACUACUACUGGUCUUUUAUCGGCUCUGGCCCAGGAUGCGGACACCAUCGCCGAUUCCUUGCAAGUGGCUUUCUGUCAUUUGUUCUUCAACAUCAGUGGAAUCCUGAUAUUCUACCCCUUUCCAUUCUUCAGACCACCGAUUCCUUUAGCUAAAUUCCUUGGAAACCAAACGGCUAAAUAUCGAUGGUUCGCUAUCGUCUAUAUUUUCUGCAUGUUUUUCAUCUUCCCAGCUCUGAUUUUUGCGCUCUCUGUCCCUGGGUGGUACGUCCUGGCCGGUGUCAUGAUUCCAAUCGUUGUAUUUUGCAUCAUUGUCGCUUUUAUAAAUUGUUUACAACGAAAGAGACCAGGGUGCUUACCACCUGUUCUCAGAAACUGGCAUUUCUUACCAGAACCUUUGAGAUCUUUAAGACCAAUAGAUAGAUGUUUCACCAAAUGUAAAUGUUGUCGUCAAAAAGAUGAUGAUUAUGUUGAUGGCGACAAACCCGCUAUUCAAAUGGACCACAAUGGUCACAGUAAUGGGAAAGUGGGUGAAGAUAACCAAGGCUAUGUAAUAAAUACCCAUCUGUAAGGGGAAUACUAUGGGCUUGGUGUCUUCCAUAAAAUUCGUCUCCCAUGACAAAACAAGAUGGUGCGCAUAACCGAAAUACAUUUGAGAGAAACGUAAAUUCAUUGGUCUUAUAAGUUAUUGGUUUAACAAUGUUAUUUAAACGUAGGUUUGGCGGGUACCAAAUCAUGACGUCAAUCAAGGGUAUCAUUUGAAGAUGCAUUAUCUUAGAUUUUGAUUAAAGAAAAAGGCUGGUCGUUCGAGCUACAAUAGUUAAAAAAAUAGAUAAUAGAAAUAAAUUUAUUGACAAUUUCAGUCAAAUUACUUUAUUCUUAGCAAAAUUAUAAGACGAUUGUCCAGUACUAGUGCUGCGAUAAUAAACAAAGUCCCGAUUAUCUAUUUUAAGACCUUACAUAACGCAUCUUUAAGUGAUUUACAAUAUAAAUAGAUGUAAUAUAAUUAUAUUUUUCUUGUGAAUUUAAUAUAUUGUAAUAUAUACCCAUUUUAUACAUGGUUCAAAAUAUAAACUUACAUUGUACCCAUUACAAGUCCGCCGAAAUUUGAUAUAAACAUAUUACCCUUUAAACUGCCAGUUUCUACCGUCCAUUAUCCAAACUGUAUGCUUUGAGAAACUGUCUUAAAUAUGAAAAAACCGCCGCCCCCUGACUGCUUUUUAUCCCGCACCGAAAGAAGGUAGGAAGGGAUAUUGAAAUGGGCCCCGCCCGUCCCGAUUUCGUAUCCAGAGCAUAUCUCAUACACCGUUGAAGAUAUAUUUUUGAAACUUUGUACACACAUCAACCUAUUACAACAGUUGUGACUUUUGCUAUUUAGGAAUUUCUUGGAUUUAUAUUCUCUGUGAUUCAAUGGAACCAAAUUUGACUUAGUGUUUGGUGUACAAUUGUGGGCAUAUCUCAUAAACCAUUCAAGAUAUCGUCAUGAAACUUUGCACAAACAAAAUAGUUGUGCCAUUUGCUAAUUAGAAAUUUCUCGGAUUUCUCGGAUUUUUGUGUUUUCAUGGAAACAAAUUUUGCCGUUGAAUGAUUUCUGAAUUUUUACUACACAUUUGACGUAGUUUUUGGUAUAUGAUUAUUAUUCUAGAGCACAUCCCUGAACUGUUCCAAGAUAACUUUAUAACACUUUUACAUUCAUCAACCUAUUAUUUUAUUUUCUGAUGACCGUCCUUCCGACCCGAUUUCGUUUCCGGAGCAUAUUUCAUUAUCCGUUCAAGAAAUCUUUUUGAAACUUUAUACAAACAUCAACCUAUUAUAGCAUUUUAUGUUCUGGUAUGUAAGCUUAAUGUUUAACAUACAGCGGCUGAUUGAGGUAGGCAAAGGUUGUUGUGCAAACAUUACAGUGAGUAGCGACUGUGCCUUGCCGAGCUACUAUGAUCAGAGUAUGAAUCUGACUAGUUCCAUUGAUAUUCCAAGAUGUUGUUUUUCCUUAUGCCUUCCAAACACGUGCAAGGGCGCGGAUUGAUGAUAAUAUUCCAAGAUGUUGUUUGUCCUUAUUCCUUCCAAACAAAUGCAAGGGCGCGGAUUGAUGAUGACUAGUCAACUUGUUUUCUUCAAUUUUGUGAUUUUCAAAAUAAGGCCGAUAUGGCAAUGGAAAAUAAAUUCCCUCAUGUUAUAAGAUCUGUUUUAAUGAACUUUGCUCACAAUUCGCUCAGACAAAAGCUACUGAUUUAUUUACCAUUUGUAAAUAUGUAAUAUAUGUGAUUUUAAUAUUAUAUAUUUUAAUAUAUCAUUUUUCUUUUAUACUGUUAUAAAGCCGUUGGUCAUCAUGUGCUUUUUCACAUACCUCUUUUGUCUCCAGCUUAAUCGACGCUAAAUAUGCACGCGUAUUAAUUAUUUGUCAUUUAAUUCAGAAAAGAAAUCUAACAUAUGAACGUUAUAUUGUCUGUAGGGAAUUCCGAGUGUUGUGGAAGUUUCUGUCCCCCAUAUGUUUGUGAACGGAAUUGAACCAUCGUUGUUUAUAAGGGAUGAAACAUCCCCGACUUGACGACCAACGGCUAUAAGGUAUUUGAACUCUGCAUUUUCGCUCAUCUUAUCUCUAUCGCCUUCUCAUAUGCACUUUCGAUGUUGAUAAUCGAUACAAUAUAAUUGAAAUUAGAUCACAGUAUUUUCUUGCGUUUAUCUUAGGGAUUUUUUUACACUAUUGCGCCCAAUAUUAGAAAUAAUUUGACAACUUCGUUUCCUUUUGGGGUACAAUUUUUAAAAUUAAACGAAAUGAGAUUGCCAGCUGAUUUGGUUAUAUGGCAAUUGAACACUAAUUUCGUUUCGUUUUUGGGUAAUUGUAAAAUAACAGGGAACAAAAUUUCGUUUCGUUUUCGGGUAAUUGUAAAAUAAAGGGAACAAAAUCAAAAUGGACAUCUGAUUUGAAUAAUAUGGUAAUUGUGUAAUUAUAUGGUAAUUAUAUGGUAAUUUAUGCACACGGUGAUCUUUAUCACAAUAUCCCUAAUAUUCUUAACCAAACAAGCAUCUGUAUCGAUUGAUAUUCAGAACCACAAGAAAUUCAUAUCACUUUUUAUUUUUUUGUAUGUACAAAUUCAAACAUUUUUUAUUUAUACACAAGUUUGUUUUUUUUAAAUAAAAUAAUUUUAUAUUUUAUAAGUUAAUCGUUAACGGUGGUAAUACAGCAUCUUAUUGGUUAUAUUCGUUUAUAUUUAUGAUAAAAAAAAAUAAUAAAAAUUUGAAAUAAAAACAGUA